CUCUCACCCAUAGCGGCUACCGUGAAAAUAGCAGUCAAUUUAUGAAAAUUCGGAAAUAAACAUAGCGGGAUAUUUGACUUCUUGAAAAUCUGUGUUGGUAAGACAUAGAGGAAGAUGGCUGAACAAACGGAUGUGAAUGAAAUGUUUCAGAAAAUGGGUGAGAGAUUGGGCUGGUUUAAGGACAAGAAUGAGGCAAAACAAGGGCUAUCAUUGAGUGCAAGGAAGAAAACUAAAAUGAAGAAAGAAAAUACAGAUAAAGAUGAUGGUAGUUUGAAACCAAAUGGAAAAACAGCAGACAAACUAAAAUUGAAGAAAAAGAAAACUACAGUAGAAAACAAAACAAACUCAAAACAGAAAGGCAUAACAGAAACUAAACCUAAGCAGACCAAUCCUCAGUUUAAGGCCCAGACCUUUCAAGUAUUUGCCUCAUCUGACAGUGACUCCAGCUUCACUGAUGUACCUAAACAAAAGGGUAAACCAGUCAAAGCAAAAGCUGUUCUUCAAGUGUGCAGUGAUUCAGAUGACGAUUUUGCUGUUACCUCUAAUACUAAAAAUCAUUUUGCUAAGACUGAUUAUACAGAGAGGGACUCUGAUGCAUGUAUUAAGGAAAGCUUUGUUGAUUCUUGUGUUGGUAAUAAUUUAUCAGAUGGAAUACAGAUACCGAAGUUUGAACCUAUUUUAAAUAUAGGACCAAAAAGAGAAUCAAGCUUAGACUAUGAUGAUACUGUUGUUAAGAACAGAGUUUCGCUGGCAUCAUGUACUCUAGAUCUCGACAGUCUAGGUGAACCUCUUGUUGAAUCAACCAGAAUUCAUAGAAGAAGCAGUAUUACUUAUAAGAAUUUAAUUGAAGAAUUGGGAAGCUCCCCUGAGGAUAACAAUGAUGUUAAUGGCACAAAAAAGUUUGGAAAAGGAUCCAUGAAGAAGAUAGAUGAAAUGCUUGACUUGGAAGAGUCAGUCUGCAACGAAACUAACCAAUUGUAUAUAACUGCAAUAGAAUCAGUAGAUGAUACUCUGAAUUCAUCAGAAUCAAGUCCUAGUUCUGAUAAACUGGUAAAUGAACUGAGGGAAAAUGGAAAGAAUAAGAUAAAUAAGAAAAAUGCUGACAGGUCAGGUAAAUCAAAAAUUACCAUGAAUUUGGAUAGUAGUGAAUCAGGAGAAGAAAUUGAAGUUGUUGACACUGCAACACAAACUGAUGAAGUUCUUACCUACGAUGAUGAAUGUAUUGAAGAAGGUAAAGAAACAGAGAAGUUAAUACAUUGUGUAUACAAAGAAGAAACUAUUGUGGAUAACCAGGGUAAACUGUAUGACUUUGAUAACAAGUAUAGAGACCCUGGUGAUAUAUAUAGUGAAGACACUGUAGAUGAUGGUCACGUUAAUGCUGGUAAACAUCCUGUGCAUGAAUUAGAAUCGUCCAAUCCUGAAUUACCAGACAUAUACUCUGGUGAUACAAUUAAUCAGCUAGGGCACACAUUAGCUUCAACUACCAUAGAUGCUUCUGUUCAUGAUUAUUCAAAUGAGACUGUUGCUAGGGAAACAGAUGAUAACUUUGAAAUUCCUACUUCAGUUGUCAAUGGCAAUGUUUCUGACAAAGACAUAUACAUGAAUGCUUUGGGUCAUAAUCAUGUAGAAGUAAAUAUGCCACUUCCUGAAGAAGUUCAAGACAUUGAUAUUAAUGGGGAAGGGGAAAAGGAACAAAUGAGUGAAGAGGAAGAUGUUAGUACUGAAGAUCAAUGUAAGUUGAAAGCUGAUGAAAGUUUAUACGAGGUAAAUGAUGCAGGAACACAGACAGAAGAUCUUGAUGAAGUAGAAGAGAUAGGAAAUGCUGACAAUGAAGAGAAUCAAAAUGACUUCAUCAUCAGCAGCAGUUUUGAAGAUAAAGGCAAGAAUAAUGAUUGCUCUGUUGAUGAUAUGAAUGAAAAUGCUGCUGUAGCAGAAAACAACUCUGAUGAGAAAAACAAUCUUGUCGAAGACAUAUCUGAUGAAUCUGAUACUAGUGAAAGAAGCCAGGAGGAUAAGUUUGCUAAUAUGACAGAAAGUAGUGAUAGUGAUGCUGUAAGUGCAAGCUUUGCUAAGCUUGCAAAGAAGUCUGGAAGUAAGAAGAUAAAGAAAGUCAGCCAGAAGGCCAACAUGACUGAUCAGAGCUGGAGAUCAAGUAAAAGAUACAGUAGUGACUCCAGUGAAGAUGGCGACCUAGAAGCAUUUUUCCAGAAACUUAGGAAGCCAGAACAAAAGAAAUCACCAGAUGCUAGCCUAAUGAGAGAAAACGAGUGUUCAGACAGCAUGGAUGAUUUUAUCGUAGAGGACGAUGAUAUGACUAGUGAAUCAGAUGACAGUGGCUUCCACCUGCGAGAAACUCAUGAACUUGAAAAGAAGAGGGACCAGUCUCCAAGGUUACCGGGAGUGAAAUCAGCUCCUACUUACUAUAAUGAAGACGAGGAUGAUGAUGAUGAUGAUGAUGAUGACUUUUCAUCAAAAAUUUAUCCGCCAAGUGUGACUAAGCAUAAGAAACAGACGCUAGGAAAAGCAAGGAAGCAGACUAAUAUAUCAUGGUCCUUUUCUUCGGAUAGUGAAGAGUACAAGGAAGCCAAAUCAUUGAAGUCAAAGGAUGACAAUAAAUCCAAAGACCAGAAAUCAACCAAAAGUUUAAAGAAUGAUAAGAAAAGCACAAUUUGUGUAGAAUUCUCUUCAGAUUCUGGCUCUGAUAAUGAAUUGUUUGAUAUUGAAAGCUUGAAAAGAGUUAGUAAUGAGAAUAGAAACAGUGAUUUUAAAACGACUGAAUCUUCAAACAAUGUCAGCCAAGAUAAAAAGAAGAUAUAUGAUGGAAUUGGGAAAUCAAAUUCCUCAACUGGACUUUCUGGAUCUUUGAAUGCUGAGGAGCCUUUGUUUAAAACUCCAAACCCAUUGAGAAAGAAGAAAAGUGUAAUUGAAGAAAACAAGGAGAAUGUGUUUAAAACGCCAGUAUCUACUAAAGGGAGAGAAUCCAGGACGCCAAAAUCUACAUCAAAACCAGUGUAUAUUUCACUGUCAGACACAGAUAGCGAUGGUGAUGAUUCGUCAGAUUUUCUGGUCUCGAUAUCAGAUUCUUCAACAAACAGCAAGACAAGUGGGACACCAGCAACACCCCUUUCUUUGAAAAAUGGGACCAUCUCUAAGGCAACGCCACUUUCUUUGAAAAAUUUGACAACUCCAAGGUCGACUCCACUUUCAGCCAAGUCUCUGAGUACAUAUUCUUUCUUGAAAUCUUUGUCCAACACAACUGAAGAUAGCAGACGACAUCCAGAUGCUAAACGGUUUAUAAAUAAUUUCAAGAAAAACAAAGGGGAACUGUCAGCCUACCUGUAUAAACUUUACAAUCAGAACAUAUUUGAGAACAAGUUGCCAUCGGAUAUGCCUGUAAUUUGGAACAAGCGUCUGCUGCGUACAGCUGGUUACUGCGCGUACAAGAAGAACUGGAAAGAUGACAGAGAUAGGUCUACUAGGAUAGAACUGUCCGUGAAAGUUUGUGAUAAUGCAGAGAGAGUAAGGGAUACAUUGAUACAUGAGAUGUGCCAUGCAGCUGUCUGGUUACUGAAUGGAGUUAAUGGUGGACAUGGUUCUUACUGGAAAUACUGGGCAAGACAUGCAACAAGAGUUCACCCAGAGUUACCUGCAGUGAGCGUGUGUCAUAGUUAUUCUAUAAACACAAAGUUUACAUACAGGUGCAAAAGUUGUGGCUACAGUAUUGGAAGACAUUCAAAGUCAUUGGAUGUUAAGAAGAAGGUUUGUGGGUACUGUCGAGGGGAGUUUGAACUUAUUCACAAUUCUGUACCAACCACGCCCACCUCUGCUGCUAGCUCCACCACCUCUUCAACUCCAAGACCGCCCAACAAGUUUGCGUUGUUUGUUAAGGAUAAUUAUAACUCUGUGAAGAGAAUGAAUCAAGACCUUAAACAUGGAGAUGUGAUGAAAGAACUAAGUAAAUUGUUUGCAGAAAGCAAAAUAGCUACCUAAUGGAAUUUUGUUUAGAAUGGACAAUUUGUGUGCAGAUAAAUUUUAUACAUUUCAUUAUUGUGAAAUUGUGAAUUUUCUAAGAAACCUUAGGUUAUUUUUAUGCCCUUGAAGGGUGACACAUGGUUUUUGAAUUGUCUGUUCAUCUGUCUGUCCACUUUUUGUCAAGGGCAUAGCUUUGCUAUUUACAGAUGGACUUUGAAAUAAUUUUGCAUAAAUGUGAAGUACUUUGAAAUAAUUUGCAUAAAUGUGAAUACUUUGAAAUAAUUUGCAUUAAUGUGAAGUACAUUGAGAUGAUUUGCAGCAUGCAAGUGUUUGUAGGUUGUAGGUCUUUGGUCAAUGUCACACUUAUACUGAAAGUGAAUUGAUGGUCAUGUCCUGUCAACAAAUCUGUCAUUCUUGGAUGGAUUUUAAAAUAACUUGGCAUAAAUGUGCUAGAAAGGUAGUUGUGUCUGUUUCAAGUCAUUCAUGGAUUGAUUUUGAUAUAAUUAUGCAUAACUCAUUAUUGAUAGAGUUAUGCCCCUUUAAAUGCAAAUUUUCUUUGAAAUUAUUUAGUUCUACAGGAUAGCUUUGUCAAUUUUGAAACACAUGUACAUGUAUUUUAAAUAAUUCAAAGUUACCAUGUUUAAUGUUUGUUUAAUAAUUAAAGUAAAAAGUUGGUGCUUCUGUAAUCAUGUACGAUUUGCAAUUAUACGAUCAAAUUUCAUGUAUAUUUAUCUUUUAAUGAGCACUAAAGAGAAUUUUACUACAAUAUCAGGAAUAUUUUCUUCACAGUGACAUAAUAUCAAAGAAUAUUCUCUUUGAAGUUACCCAAAGAAAAAUGAUACAAGAUUUUUUUGUUGCUUUUUUUGCAUUCUAUUGAUUUCUGUUGACAUUAAACAAAUAUUCCAUGUUA